AUGCAUGUAUGCUCUGUCCUUAGCCUUUGCCUUGUUGAAUACAUGCUUACAAAAGUAUACAUUUUGACUCCUAUUUACAGGUCCAUGACCCUUGCUGAAAAACAACAGCUACAGAGUUCAAUUCAGAAGCUAUCAGCAAGAAAUCUUGAUCGUGUAGUGGAGUUAAUUUGUCGAAAUAGGCCAGUAGCAGAACGAAGCUGUGACAAAAUAUUUGUUGAUUUGGAAACAGAGGAUAAUGCUACACUCUGGAGACUGCAUUACUAUGUUGAAGCUGUUGAGAAAGCCAAAACUCUUUCUUGUGGUAGAGUGGACUAG